AUGUUCUAUAUCCGGCAGAUGCAAGAGCGGGUUGUUUUAGCACCUAAGUAUUUGGGUAAGAAGGUGGAGGAGGUAGUGCAACGUAAGUUAGUGGCGGAAGUGGAGGGUAAAUGUACGGCUGAUUCGGGAUAUGUCUUAUGUUUACUUUCGUUGGAUUCGUUGACGGCUGGGGUAAUUGAGGAUGAGACGGGUAGUGCUACAUUUCUGGCUGAGUAUUCGGCUUUGACUUUGUUACCGGGUAAGGGAGAGGUAGUGAAUGCGGUGGUGCAUGAGAUAAAUAAGAUGGGGCUGUUUUGCUUUGUGGGGCCUUUUAGUGUGUUUGUUUCGAUGUACCAGAUUCCGGGGCAGUUUACGGAGGCGGGUGAUGAUUCGAGUAUUUUGUCAAACGAUGGUGGGCCGGCUAUUGUGCGGGGAUCAUUGGUGCGUUUGCGGAUUAUUGGAGUGAAGGUUGAACCGAGUAAGAUCUUUGGUAUUGGUACGGUUAAUGAUGAUUAUCUAGGAUGUAUUUCCUAG